UGAUAUAUUUAUUUCAUUGGCAUACACUUCUGCUCUUCUCAUCUCUUGGCAUACACUUGCUUCAGAUCAGGAAACAAUGAGCUGGAUUACUCAAAUGCUGGAAAACUGGAUUAGUGUUACUUAUUUGGAAGAAUGCCUGAACUCUGUGGUUCACCCUCUGUGGUUAUUUAUCAUUCCCAUUUUGCUUUAUUCUUUCUGGUUAUUUUUUUAUAUAUUUUACUGUGUUGUCUCAUUUCUGUUAUAUAUCUACAAGAAGAUGAAUAACCAGCAAGAAAAUGAUUUUUAUAGCAAAUUUUGGGACAAGGCAAGGCACAUUAUGUAUCACUGUUUCGAUAUAUAUGGAAAGAUAUGGCAUGGUUAUGAAAUUAUUGGCUUGGAACAUCUCCCUCAAGGACCAGGGAUUGUUAUUUUUCAUCAUUCAGUUUCCCUUCUCGGCUAUUCUUUCUUUGUGGGCAAAGCUUAUAAAGAGAAAGGAAGACUGUGCAAUACAGUAGUUCAUCACUUCUUGUAUAAUCUUCCAGGGACAAAGAUCCUUUGUGAUGUGCUCUUAUUGAGAGAUUUCAAGAAAGCUGAAUGUGUGGAAAUUCUGAAGAAAGGCCAUUUACUGGGCAUUGCCCCUGGUGGAGCUAGAGAAGCAUUUUUUAGUAAAGACUACAGUUUAAUGUGGGGUAACCGCACAGGUUUCGCUUGGCUAGCUAUGGAGGCAAAAGUGCCCAUCAUCCCUAUAUUUGCACAAAAUGAUUCUGAAGUGUUCAGGACCUUUGGAAAUACAAGGUUGGCAAGAUGGGUAUAUGAGAAAACUCGAUGUUUACUCCUUCCUGUAUAUGGAGGGUUUCCAGUGAAAUUGAGGACAUAUAUUGGAGAACCCAUCCCAUAUGAUCCAAAUAUAACUGCCACAGAGCUGGCUGAAAAAACCAAGACUGCACUUGAAAAUCUUCGGGAUAGACACCAAAAAAUGCCAGGAAGUAUAUUAAGAGCUCUUUCAGAACGAUUUGAUAAGGAUGACAAAGCUAACUAUUUUUUACUGGAGAGUGAGAGAGAGAACAAACUAACACCCCCCCUCACUAGGGCAAGGCAGCUGGUUGAAAAGCUUCUUCAGGAGUUGCCCCUGCAGUAUGCAUUGCUUGAUCAGGAGCAAAAAAGUUCCAGGUUGACAUGCUUUGACAUCAAAGGGUCUCUGGUAUUCGGGAAGAAAGUAUGUUUUGAUUUGAUAUACUUGAAAGAUUUCAAGAAAGCUGAAUGUGUGGAAAUUCUGAAGAAAGGCCAUUUAUUGGGCAUAGCACCUGGUAGAGCUACAGAAGCAAACUUUAGUAAUGACUACAGCUUAAUCUGGGGUAACCGUACAGGUUUCGCUCGGCUAGCUUUGGAGGCGAAAGUGCCCAUCAUCCCAAUAUUUACACAAAACAGUUGUGAAGCAUACAGGAGCUUGGGAAAGACAAGGCUGACAAAAUGGCUGUAUGAGAAAACUCGAUGUGUACUCCUUCCCACUUAUGGAGGGUUCCCAGUGAAAUUGAGGACAUAUGUUGGAGAACCCAUCCCAUAUGAUCCAAAUAAAACUGCCACAGAGCUGGCUGAAAUAGCCAAGACUGCACCUGAAAAUCUUCGGGAUAGACACCAAAAAUUGCCAGGAAAUAUGUUAAGAGCUCUUUCAGAACGAUUUGAUAAGGAUGACAAAGCUAACUAG